ACCAGGAUGGAAUAUGGUCGCCCAGAGUCUCAGUUGUAGACGAAGAGCCUCUUCCAAGUCCCAGAUUAAUAAGUACCACCAUAAUAUCAGAUAUAGAUUCUCCAAACCACGACUAUACCUUACUAGUGAUGCAGUUUGGCCAGUUCAUAUCUCACGAUUUUACACAGUCAAUGGAUAUGUCUUAUGCUAAUGGAAGUGCCAUAUCCUGUUGUGACUUGGAAGGAACAUCAAUAUUACCGCCUGAAUCUACCCAUUACGCUUGUAUGCCGAUUCCUUUGCCUCAUGAGGACCAAUUCUAUGGUACAUUCAAACAGAAAUGUAUGAAUUUUGUUAGGUCUGCCUUAGCUCCAAGCCACGAUUGUACUUUGGGAUAUUCAGAACAG